AUGGCUGCGGCUGGUAGCGGCAGUUUCCAGAACGGACGUAUUGCCUCGAAGGGCCUCAUGAUGCUCGUGACCUUACUUCUCGUCUCCUGCUGUCCCGGCUAUGGCUUCGGCGAUGAGGAUCAUGUCGAGGUGGAGGGAAUCAGCAGCAGUUGCAUGGAGAGCGAGAGGAGAGCUCUCCUCGCCAUCAAAUCCGAUAUGUACGACCCCGACAACUGGUUUUCUUCUUGGACCGGCAAAGACUGCUGUGGGUGGAGAGGUGUGGCCUGCGACCACACCACCGGCCAUGUCACCAAGCUCGACCUCCGCUACCCCUACACAUACGAAUUGUGGGAUAUGUUUAACGAUGGGGAAACAAUAGGCGUGAGCAAGGUAAAUCCAUCUUUGCAAGAACUGAAGCAAUUGAAGUAUUUGGAUUUGAGCAUGAAUAACUUCUCCCACGCCCCUGUGCCCAAAAUGAUCGCUUCACUAGUCCACUUGGAAUAUCUCAACCUAUCUUAUGCCAUGUUCAAUGGACCAAUUCCACCUCAGCUGGGGAACCUCUCCAACCUACACUAUCUCGACCUUCAACGAUGGUAUGAUGAUGAUUUUCUACAUGUUGAUGAUCUCGAUUGGCUCUCCCGUAUUCCUUCUCUAAAAUAUCUUGACAUGAGUUAUGUCAACCUCUCCAAAGCAACCAAUUGGUUCUACAUAAUUAAUUCAAUCCCCACACUUGAAGUGCUACAUUUGUUUUUUGUAGACCUGCCAUAUGUUCCAUCUCCUUUGCCCCCUUUUAAUCUGACAGCCAUCGCCACGUUGGAUCUGUCUUGGAAUUCCAACAUCACGUCUGCCAUGCUAAGAUGGCUUUCUAACGCCACCAGCCUCGAGAACCUCCUUCUUUCUGGCUGUGGGAGUCUCACUAUCGAGUCGUUACAAGUUGCUCUCGGAGCUUUCAGUAAUCUGAAGGAGUUGGAUUUGUCAGACAACUUCUUUAAAGGAGAGAUUCGUGAAAUUCUGAACAAUGUCAGUAGCAGGGGCCUGAAGCACUUGGAUUUGAGCUCCAAUCAAUUAUCUGGAGAUAUUCCUCCAGGGAGCCUUAGAGACCUGGAGUACCUGGACUUAUCAACGAAUUUAAUUGUCGACGUACAUAUCUUAGCUUCUCUGGGGAAACUCACAAACUUGCGACAUUUACGGUUGUCGGGCAAUUCAAUCAGUGGAGAAAUUCCACCAAUCGUGGGAGAUUCUGUCCGAUUGGAGUACCUAGAUUUGUCCUUUAAUGGCAUCAUUGGAAAAAUACCACAGAGCAUCGGCAACCUCACCAACUUGGUACACUUAGAUUUAUCAUACAACAAUCAAAUUUCUGGAGAAAUACCAUCAACCAUUGGGGGUCUUCAAAACCUAAUUCCAACAUGGAUAGGAAGAAAGCUCUCGUCGUUGAGAGUUCUUCGUCUGAGGGCAAACUUUCUAUAUGGUACCAUCCCAAUGAAUAUAGUGAAUCUCACUUCGCUCCAGGUAUUGGAUCUUUCUUCCAACAAUCUAACUGGCAGUCUACCAUCAUCUCUAGGAAAUUUCAGGGCCAUGGUUGAGAUACAAAAUGAUAUCACGUCAGUGCUUCAUAUCAUAACAUAUUAUUAUGAAGAGAGCAUCUUGAUGACCACAAAAGGAUCAACGAUUGAUUACACAACCAUUCUCUCGCUGGUGACCUGCAUAGACUUGUCAAAUAAUCAUCUCUCUGGUGAAAUCCCAAAAGAACUGACAAAGCUUCUCGGAUUGCGCUUCCUAAACUUAUCCAACAAUCAUUUGACGGGGAGGAUUCCAGAAAAGAUGGGUGACAUGAAAACAUUGGAAUCGCUUGACUUAUCUGUGAACAGUCUGAUAGGGGAGAUACCUUCGAGCUUUUCUGCUAUGCAUUUCCUGGAACGUUUGAAUCUGUCUUACAACAACUUAUCAGGAAAAAUACCCACGAGUGGUCAAUUGUCGACCUUUGACUCAUGGACAUAUGUGGGUAAUAAAGGCCUUUGCGGUAUGCCGCUGCCAGAUUGCCCUGUUUAUCAAACUCCACCUGACGCCAGAGCUAAACAUGAAGAUGAUGAGAAGCUCGACAAAUUAUUGAAGAAAGCGAAGGCCUGA